CUCUGAGAGAGUGACACUGUAUUCCGUCUCCUGCUCUUACAACCGUCAAGAUCACACAAUGAAAAUUCUGCUCUUUCUAGCUGCAGCUGUGGCAUUUUGUAAUGUCACCUCGGCGAAGAAGCUGGCUCUGAUUACGGGCCUGAAUGGGGGGGGCAUAGUGACCGGCCUGAAUGGGGGGGGCCUAGUGACCGGCCUGAAUGGGGGGCUGUUGACCGGCCUGAAUGGAGGACUGAUAACUGGGGUGAACCCGGGUCUGGUACUGAACCCUGGCCUUCUGCCCGCGGGCAAUGCCUUCUUCGCACAGCCACAGGUGGCACAGAUGGCUCCUGGCCCAUUCGUUAUGCAGCCACCUCAGUUUGGCGCUCCCAAUGCUGCGGCCCAGCAGCAGUUUGCUUUCCCUGCUGCCAAUGGGGGCUUUCCCUAUUUUGCUGGGUUUCCUCAAGGCCAGCCUGGAAUGUUUCCUCCCCAACAAGUCCCGGGUGGGAAUGCACAGCAGCAGCAGCAACAGCAGCAGCCCAAUCCCAACGCGCCUGUGAGGAGAUUCAAGAGGAUGCUUAGGAGACUCCAACAAUCCGUUGCUGGUGUGACUCAGGCUUCUAUUGAGACUACACCUCCAAGCUCGACCCCAAGCAGCACAGCUGCUGUGAAAAGUGUUGUGUGCACAGAGAAGGAAUAAGUUGACACCACCAGCGUUUGGUUUGGAAGGCUGUCUGCCAGCACGGAUGAUCUUAUGAUCAAUACAAUGUUAGUUAGUCUGUUAUACAUAUGCAAUACUAUAAUUGUUGUGUGACAGAAGCAAAUAAAAUCUACUAUAUUGCAAA